CAUAACCAUAAAUGAAAAGAUCGUUCUUUUUUGAAAAAAAAUCUAAUUUUUUUUAAAAGCAAAGUCUGUUUAUUUUCAAAAGUGUGUAUAGAAGCCGAAAAAGUAUAUAAACUUGUUUGCAGUUCUGGAAAAUCGAAUCUUUGGAGGUAAUCUCAAUUAUAUCUGCAAUGCUUAUUUAAGAGUUACAUUAUAAUAGUGGGAUAAAAUUAAAUAAACUCGAUUUGUCUAUUUUAUAAAUUCCGUGUGAAAAAAAAAUUGUUUGGCAUUUUCCCGAAUGUGAAUUACCAUGUUAAGUUUGAGGUACACAUUCUUCGGGCUGCUAUCAUAAAUCUGCCGAUCUGCAGAUUUCAUUAACGAAGCAUGUAUUUUACGCUCGAUUCUACGCAUUCUUACGAAGAAUGCAGCGCGGAGUAUGGAAAAAGAGCUUCUGAAGGGGUUAAUAGUAUUCGAGAUAACAGUUUUUUGGACAAACCUACUUCGUCUGAUUGUGAUUCUGCUCUUGAUUCGACUAUACUUUUUUAUUAAGAUUCUUAUCAAAAUGAGCAAACAACCUUUCGUGAGUCUUCUAAUAAUUUGUUGCGUUUUGUCACAAGGACUUGUGAUUUCAUCUAUUGAAAACACUGGACCAUCAAGUCUUGUCAUUCAUCAAACCAGAGUUGCUCAACUGCUGCAUCCAGAAUCGACCAGGUCAAGCCAACAGCAUCAAGAGCUGAUCAGAUCAUACCAACAGCAUCCCGAGCUGAUCAGAUCGCAUCAGCAGCAUCCAGAGCUGAUUAUAUCACAUCAGCAGCAUCCAGAGCUGAUCAUAUCACAUCAGCAGCAUCCAGAGCUGAUCAGAUCAUAUCAGCAGCCUCCAGAGCUGAUCAGAUCAUAUCAGCAGCAUCCAGAGCUGAUCAGAUCACAUCAGCAGCAUCAAUCAGAUGUCCAAACAAUAUGCAGAACACGUCUACAGCAAUUAGAGACACCCACUUCAGUCAGCAUCAGAAUAGAUGGUAUCAGAGUUGGUCUUGGAACUGUAGUUGACUCUUUCAUAGUCGCAACUAGAGCCAGCUAUUUUCGCAAUACAACUCGGGCCCAUGCAAGUAUUACAUUUUAUUCUCCACUUCGCCGAGAUUAUGAGCGCAGGGAUGUGAGACACAUUGAAAUAUGCCGAGGUAUUCCAGGUGAACAUCUGGUACCACAUGAUGUUGCCUUGGUUGUUGUUAAUCAACGCAUUCUGGUACACCCUGAUACAGAUAUUAUGCUUCAAGAAAAUUUUACCCCAGGCGAAAUUAUGUGGAUUCGUGGCACAGUACUGACGAUGGUUCCAAGUCUAAGAAGGCGCAAUCAUAAGUAA